UCUGAAUAAAAUGACCCAUGUAACGACGGCUUUUUGGAAAGAGAUGCCAAAGAUGGCGGACUGGCAUGUGUUGUUUCGACAGCUGUCUGAAAGGAAUUACUGUACUGUAAUUGCUGACUAGACUUUCUUCUCUUCUGUGUUGCCUGUGUGCUUUGUUUAGCGCCCAUAUGAUAUCGUUGUUCGGAGAAAGGAGUGAUGCUUGUCUGUGCGGAUGUAGUAUGUACGCUGGAGUACUUUCGCUUCAACGUCAUAAAAAGGUCCUAACGCGGCUGGAAGCGACGAAAGUAUUGUUUAAAUACACCUUAUGCUGAGCACUUGCAAAUGGCAAUCGGUUUGGAAUUGGGGGAGGUUUGAAGUCGUGAAAAAUUGAAAAGUACAGCAGAACAGUUCCAAAGAAUUCAAAAAAGGAGACUGCGUCUUUUUGGAACAUCGAACAAAUUCUGGAAUUUUGACUCUUCACUUUCCCGACCUCAUGGCUGUCGACAAUCCCAUUCCCGUAACAGUCUUUACUGGCUUUUUAGGCAGUGGCAAAACCACCACCAUUCUAUCACUCUUGAAGCGUUUGCCAGCUGAGUACAAGCUAUGCUUGCUGAAGAAUGAAUUCGGAGACACAGCAGUCGAUAGUGAGCUAGCUCGGGAGGGUAACCUUGGCGUUCAAGAAAUGAUAAACGGCUGUAUGUGCUGUGUUCUUGUCGGUCAGAUGAAGCUCGCAUUGAUGGAAUUGAAAGAAAAGUACAACCCCGAUCGUAUCAUAGUUGAAACAAGCGGAUCUGCUUUUCCAGCACCCAUUGCAUGGCAGAUUCGUGAAAUGGAAAGUGACGGCUUUGCACUCGAUUCUAUCGCGACGGUGGUCGAUUGUAUCAACUUCACCGGCUACGAGGACACAAGUUACACUGCCAAAAUGCAAGCACAAUAUACAGAUGUAAUUCUUUUGAACAAGCACGAGUUAGUAUCCGAGCAACAACUUGACACUGUCAUAGAUCACAUUAACGAAUUGAACACCGAUACACCAAAAAUCAAGUGCGAGGGCACACUUGGAGUAUCUCCUGAUGUACUGUUCGGAUUGGAUACCAAGCUUUUCCAAAUAUCAAUGGACAAAACGCAGCAACCUGAGGAAUUGAUGUUCACUUCUGUUCCCGGCGGCGCACCAGCAGCUCAUCAUGCAGAUGGUAAGCAUCAAGAAAACGAAGUUGACCUCAUCCAAGUGUACGAAACUUUGGAUACGGCAACUCCCUUGCGGUAUGAUCAAUUUGAAGCCUUUUUGAAAACUUUACCCAAGGACGAUAUCUACCGACUUAAAGGGUUUGUAAGGCUACAGGACGGUGAAGAGCUACGGCUAUACAUCGUCAACCACUCUUUUGGACGAUAUACCUUUACACCAGUGACUGCAGCAGAGACAUUGGAGAAGGCCAGUCAGUAUGUCCUCAAAAUUACCGUCAUGGGCCAAGAUCUUAGAAUGUAUGUAGAUAAAGUGAGAGCUGGCCUUUUGCUGGAUGAAACCAGCAACAUCAAGUUUACCCCAGCUCAUAGACAUUAGAAUAAAAUUACAGUUAGUUUGAGGUUGACCCCAUCGUAUGA